AUGGGCAAAGACGCAGGCACUCCACGAGUCUUCCUCUACCGCCACGGCCAGACCGUGUGGUCUGAAAGCGGCCAAUACACCGGCCUGACCGAGCUGGACCUCACCAAGAACGGCCAGCAGCAAGUCGAAGCCUCAGGCAAGAUGAUCGUGGGCGCGGGAAAGCUCAUCGACCCGUCGAAUCUGGCGCAUGUGUAUAUCAGCCCGCGCAAUCGGGCCAAGCAGACGUUCGACAUUGCGUUCGCGGACGCCGAUAAGCAGGCCCUCAAGGAGGCUGGUAAGGUCUCGGAGACGGAUCGGCUUAUGGAAUGGACGUAUGGGCAGUACGAGGGCCUUUUGACGAAGGAGAUUCGGGCACUGCGCAAGUCGCAUGGUCUGGAUGCUGAGCGGCCGUGGGAUAUUUGGCGGGAUGGCUGUGAGGAUGGAGAAUCCCCUCAGCAGGUCACAGAGCGCAUCGACGACCUGAUUGCAGAGAUCCGCUCCUUCCAGAAGGAUAGCAUGCAUGGCGAGAAGCCAGCGGACGUUGUUCUCGUUGCGCACGGUCACUUGCUCCGCGCGUUCACGAAGCGCUGGCUCGGGUAUCCGAUGGAGUUCCCACUUUCGCUGAUGCUGGACCCCGGCGCAGUUGGUGUCCUGAGCUACCAGCACCACAAUGUUGAAGAGCCGGCUCUGAUGGUCGGAUAUGGAUUCCCUGUUCAGCAAUGA